AUGUCAAACACUAUGUUCAAUACUGUCCAACACUAUGUCCAAAAUAUUGUCCAAGAAUGUUCUGUGACAACACUGCUCGAAUGGAUGUGGAAGCGAAGUAUAGGAAAGUUUGAAAUAAAGGAAGAAAUUAUAAAAUGGAAAUAUCGUAGAAAGAUAGAAGUGAAAUCUGAAAAUGAUUUUAUAAAAAAGUAUCCUAUUAAGGCUCUCGAAGAAGGUGAAGAGGAUCUGGAGGAGAAAGAAUAUAUGGGUGGUCCAAUUAAGAUCAAAAUUAGUGCAGAAGAUGAUUUUACUUCUAGCUUCCUUAAACUGCCAGAUGCAUUGCACUGUCAAGAGCUUUUGGUGAACCAAAGUAUAAUAAAUGAUUAUAGAGAAGUUGCCUCUAUAGCUUAUGUUUCUCCUUUCGAUACACACUAUUGCAUAAAUGAAAUGAAGGUACAGAACCUUCUCAGAACAUAUGCUAUCAAACGAGAUAUAAUAAUAAGUACAAGGAUUUCUGAAAAUAUAGAAAAAGGAAAAUAUCCUGAUGUGUACGUAUUUUCACCUAAAAAAGGGAUUGAAAGUAUAAGACCUGUAACAGGAUUGGAUUUUGCUUCAUUAUAUUCCA